AUGGACGCGUCCGCCAACGGGUCCAGCUUCGGAAUAGACACUUUACUUUCUCACAGACCUGGAAGUCCAAUCGUUUCUAAAGGGGACAGUUUAAUGGGAGAAUGCCGCUCGCCCCUGGAGUUCAGCCCGAGGUCUGACCUCGAGAGCGUCUGCUCUUCCCCUCCGUCCCCGCGGCGGGAGAGCGUGGAAGAAGCGGUGCAGAGACAAGGUCGCGCUCUCGGGCUACAGUCCCAUCUACAGAACGGACAGAUUUCCGCCGGUUCCCAGCCGCGGACCGUCACCUCGUCGUUCCUCAUUAGAGACAUUCUGGCGGACUGCAAACCGCUGGCCGCCUGCGCCCCAUACUCCAGCAAUGGACAGCCAACUCAAGAGGCAGGGCGGCUCGCGUCCAAGAUCGCAGACGAAUUCAUGGAUAAAAUCCACAGCAACUCCUCUUCAGACAGCGAAUACAAAGUGAAGGAGGAAGGAGACAGGGAGAUCUCCAGCAGCAGAGACAGCUCCCAGGUCCGCCUGAAGAAGCCGCGGAAGGCGCGCACCGCCUUCACAGACCACCAACUGGCCCAGCUGGAGCGCAGCUUCGAGCGGCAGAAGUACCUGAGCGUGCAGGACCGCAUGGAGCUGGCGGCGUCGCUCAACCUCACCGACACACAGGUCAAGACGUGGUACCAGAACAGGAGGACGAAGUGGAAGCGGCAGACUGCGGUUGGACUUGAACUGUUAGCCGAGGCCGGGAAUUACUCCGCCCUCCAAAGAAUGUUCCCAUCACCAUAUUUUUAUCCACAAAGCUUGGUUUCAAAUCUGGACCCUGGAGCAGCCUUAUAUCUGUAUCGAGGACCCUCGGCGCCCCCGCCGGCCCUGCAGCGCCCCUUAGUCCCACGGAUUCUUCUACACGGCCUGCAGGGGGGCGCGGAGCCCCCGCCACCGCUGUCGGCCCUCUCCGGAGUGCUUCCGCGGGCAACACAGCCCCGCUGGUGA